GAGAAAGUAACUCCAGGACGAGACCGGAGCGACCCGCGCAGCGAGCACAGGCUGCGAGGCUGAGCCCGGCUCCCAAGACCGGCGGCUGCGGGGGGCGGGGGCUACACCCGAGCCCGAUCCGCCGCUCCGGCUCCGAGCAGUGGUGUCGGGGAAAGGGUCCUUGUCCAGCACAGAUGUGUUUGUCGGAGGGAGCAGUGGAGGUUCGCGUCAAGGCGUACAGCCUGGGGCUUCCAAUGAUGUUCUGGGCAGCGAUGGAAGCCUAGAUGCCUCACCGCAAGGAGCGGCCGAGCGGGUCCUCGCUUCACGCCCACGGCAGCACCGGCACGGCGGAGGGAGGAAGCAUGUCUCGGCUGUCUCUCACCCGGUCGCCUGUGUCUCCCCUGGCCGCCCAGGGGAUCCCGCUGCCAGCCCAGCUCACGAAGUCCAAUGCGCCUGUGCACAUCGAUGUGGGCGGCCACAUGUACACCAGCAGCCUGGCCACGCUCACCAAGUACCCAGACUCCAGAAUAAGCCGCCUCUUCAAUGGCACCGAGCCCAUUGUCCUGGACAGUUUGAAGCAACACUAUUUCAUCGACCGGGAUGGGGAGAUUUUCCGCUACGUCUUGAGCUUCCUGCGGACAUCCAAACUGCUGCUUCCUGAUGACUUCAAGGACUUCAGCCUGCUGUACGAGGAGGCGCGGUAUUACCAGCUACAGCCCAUGGUGCGCGAGCUGGAGCGCUGGCAGCAGGAGCAGGAGCAGCGGCGCCGCAGCCGGGCCUGCGACUGCCUGGUGGUGCGGGUCACGCCUGACCUGGGCGAGCGGAUCGCGCUCAGCGGCGAGAAGGCCCUCAUCGAGGAGGUCUUCCCCGAGACCGGGGACGUCAUGUGCAACUCGGUCAACGCUGGUUGGAACCAGGACCCCACGCACGUCAUCCGCUUCCCGCUCAACGGCUACUGCCGGCUCAACUCGGUGCAGGUCCUGGAGAGGCUCUUCCAGAGGGGUUUCAGCGUGGCCGCAUCCUGCGGGGGGGGCGUGGACUCCUCCCAAUUCAGCGAGUAUGUGCUUUGCCGGGAGGAGCGGCGACCACAGCCCAACCCCACUGCUGUCCGAAUAAAGCAGGAGCCCCUGGACUAGGCCCUGCCUCAGUGUCCACCUGAGGCCCCUUGGCCCUAGGGACACCCCCAGGGACCUGGAAACAGUGCUGGGGAGUUCUGCCUACGCCUUCUUAGCAGUGGGCAUGAGACUGAGGGUGGGGCCGGAGGGUCCAGAGCCCGCCUGGGGAGCCCCAAGGCCCAGGGUGUCAUAACAGAACGUGGGAUGCUGGAGGCAUGCCCACCAGAGGACCGUGGAUGUGACCCAAAGAUGCCGAGGGGGGAACUCGCCGCCAGUCUUCUGGGCCCCUGGGCUCCCAGCCUGGUACAGCACCCUUGAGGCUCUGCACGUGCAGAGGCAGGGUCAGCAGAGGCCGCCCCGGUCCACUCCAGAGGAGCUGUCCGUCUUUCUCCACGCGGCAGACUCCAGUGGGUCUCCUUGCGUCAGAGAUGGCUUAUUUUUCUACAGUAUUUAAGAUGGAAGUAACUGUCAAUGCACAAGUCAGAGAGGCUGACAAGGACCCCUGCUUCUUUAUCUGGUGCUCAGCUCAGUGGGACGCGGCAGCAUGUCUGUGUGGGGGUGGUGGAAGAGCUGCGGGACCCUCUGCCCAAGUUCCUGCAGAACAGGAUUUGGAGACUCCUGGUCCCUGCUCUAGGGACAGAGGGCAGGCAUGGCAGUGCCGUUGGGGCUGAAACACGGCCCCCACGGGGUGGGGCCACUGGGAGGAGGGUGGUAUGGGCGUUGGGGAGGGACCACCCUGGGACCAUUCGAGAGCCUGUCUUGGCUGCCGCUUGGGGCACAGGCCACACUUGAGCGUCACUUGACCUACUCAUGCCCGGGGGCUUUGGUUUCUAUCUGUGUACACCCACACGGGCUCCGAGAGAAGUCACUCCCCGUCGGGAUCAGCACCGGGGCCACGCUGCAUCCUUACCUCAGGAAUGGGCCCCACGGUGAAGGAGCCCAUCUCUCAGCAGCAUCCUCUGGGUCCCCAGCUCAGGAAGCCGUCCUGCACUCUGAUUUUCCCACAGUCACCUGCAUUACUGAAUUUUUAAUUAAACUAUGGUUACACUAGUCUGCCAGUAAGACUGGGACACAGUCAGACCUUGGGUUCUUGGCCCCAGAUUCCAACGAGGACUGCCUGCUAGAGUCCUUGCAGACCUGCUGCCUCCCAGAUGACAGGCCCAAAGAUGGACACCCUCUGUCUUGUCACACUUCCCCUCCCCAGAUGGCUCUUCCCCAGGGGGUGGAGAAACUGCAGAGAACUGCUGGGCGGGUGGGGCGUCCCGGCUGGCCCCACUCCUUGUACAAUGCCUGUAGACUUGUAUAUGAUUCCUUUAAUAUUGUAAAGAUGCUGAUGUACAAUUGUCGUGUGUUUGUGUAAACACAUUAUGUUCCUAGUUCAUGCCAUAAAUGAUGCUACAAAGCGAAAG